GUGACUUGGGGGGGGGGCGCAGCGGCUUCGCUCCAGCCGUCAAACUUCUCGGGCUGCCGGAAUUCCUCUCAAACUUAGCUGUCCUCCUCUCCUGCACGGCUGCCUCUGCUUCUUCCGCGCCCCCCUCUGAAUGACCGUGAGGAGCUGGCGGCGACGGGAGCAUGGAGCUAAAGCGGACCCCGCCACCACCCCGGAGUUUCUCUCGAGGACGGACUUGGCCCUCGUUGGCGCUGCUCCUGGGGGUGAUGCUCUCGGCGUCCCAGGUGGCCAAGGGGGCCGUGGGGUAUUACCCCCGGUUCUCGCCCUUCUUUUUCCUCUGCACUCACCACGGGGAGUUGGAAGGGGAUGGGGAACAAGGAGAGGUGCUCAUCUCGCUCCACAUUGCUGGAAACCCAACCUUCUAUGUGCCGGGACAAGAAUAUCACGUGACUAUUUCAACGAGCACCUUUUUUGAUGGCUUAUUGGUCACGGGACUCUAUACAUCUACCAGUAUUCAGGCUUCACAGAGUAUUGGCGGGUCCAGUGCUUUUGGAUUUGGAAUAAUGUCUGAUCACCAGUUUGGAAAUCAGUUCAUGUGCAGUGUGGUUGCAUCACACGUAAGCCAUCUACCCACCACAAAUCUCAGUUUUGUUUGGAUUGCUCCACCUGCAGGAACAGGCUGUGUGAAUUUCAUGGCAACAGCUACUCACAGGGGUCAAGUUAUAUUCAAGGAUGCCUUAGCCCAACAGUUGUGUGAACAGGGAGCUCCAACAGAAGCUCCUUUGCAUCCUCUUUUAGCUGAGAUGCACAGUGACAGCAUUAUAUUACGAGAUGACUUUGAUUCUUAUCAGCUGCAGGGAUUGAAUCCUGCAAUGUGGUUUGAAUGUAGUAAUUGUGAGGUUGGAGACCAGUGUGGUGUAAUUAUGCAUGGCAGCGCUGUCACUUUCUGUGAGCCAUACGGGCCAAGAGAAUUGACCACUAAUGGCCUUAAUACAACCACAGCUUCUGUACUACAGUUUUCAAUUGGGUCGGGUUCAUGUCGCUUUAGUUACUCAGAUCCCAACAUCAUUGUGUCCUACUCCAAGAAUAAUUCUGCAGAUUGGAUUCAACUGGAGAAAAUUAGAGCUCCUUCCAAUGUCAGCACUAUUAUCCACAUCCUUUACCUUCCUGAAGAAGCCAAAGGAGAAAAUAUUCAGUUUCAAUGGAAGCAGGAAUAUGUCCACGCUGGGGAUGUGUAUGAAGCUUGCUGGGCAUUGGACAAUAUUCUGAUCAUAAAUGCAGCUCAUAGACAAAUUGUUUUAGAAGAUAAUCUUGAUCCUGUGGACACUGGCAACUGGCUGUUUUUCCCUGGAGCCACCAUUAAGCAUAGCUGUCAGUCGGAUGGGAACGCAAUUUAUUUCCAUGGAACUGAAGGCAGCGAGUUAAAUUUUGCCACAACACGAGAUGUGGAUCUUUCUACUGAAGAUGCCCAGGAGCAAUGGGCUGAAGAGUUUGAGAGCCAGCCCAAAGGGUGGGAUAUAGCUGGAGCUGUCAUUGGUACUGAAUGUGGAACCCUGGAAUCAGGUUCAUCAGCUGUGUUCCUCAGAGAUGGAGAGAGAAAAUUAUGCACUCCGUAUAUGGACACUACGGGUUAUGGGAAUCUGAGAUUUUAUUUCAGUAUGGGUGGAAGCUGUGAUGCUGGACAAGCCCAUGAAAAUGAUGUAAUAUUGUAUGCAAAGAUUGAAGGAAAAAAGGAUCAUCUAAAUCUGGAUACAAUGACCUACGCUUCUUACAGGGUUCCAUCUUUAGUUUCGGUAGUCAUCAGUCCAGAGCUUCAGACUCCAGCUACCAAAUUCUGCCUCAAGCAGAAGAAUCAUCAAGGGCAUAACAGAAAUGUCUGGGCAGUGGACUAUUUCCAUGUUCUGCCAGUGCUCCCUUCCACUGUAACUCAUAUGAUCCAGUUUUCUAUCAAUCUGGGUUGUGGAACCCAUCAACCAGGCAACAGUGUCAGUUUGGAAUUCUCUACCAACCAUGGUCGUUCCUGGUCCUUACUUCACUCAGAAUGUUUGCCGGAGAUAUGCGCUGGGUCCCACCUUCCUCACAGCACAGUCUAUGCCUCUGAAAACUACAGUGGGUGGAACCGAAUAACCAUUCCCCUUCCAAAUGCAGCAUUAACCAGAGAUACCAGGAUUCGAUGGAGACAAACGGGCCCAAUCCUUGGAAACAUGUGGGCAAUUGACAACAUUUACAUUGGGCCUUCUUGCCUCAAAUUCUGCUCAGGGCGAGGACAAUGCACCAGAAAUGGUUGCAAAUGUGAUCCUGGCUUUUCAGGACCUGCGUGUGAAAUGGCCUCCCAGACCUUCCCCAUGUUUAUCUCUGAGAGUUUUGGCAAUUCUAGGCUUUCUUCAUAUCACAAUUUUUACUCUAUCCGUGGUGCUGAAGUCAGUUUUGGUUGUGGAGUUCUAGCAAGUGGCAAAGCCUUGGUCUUUAGCAAAGAUGGGAGGCGCCAGCUUAUCACUUCUUUCCUUGACAGCUCACAGUCCAGAUUUCUCCAGUUCAUGCUACGUCUUGGAAGCAAAUCCGUCUUGAGUACCUGCAAAGCACCAGACCAGCCUGGAGAAGGAGUCUUACUGCACUAUUCAUAUGACAAUGGGAUUACAUGGAAACUGCUAGAACACUAUUCCUAUCUCAACUACCAUGAACCAAGAAUAAUUUCAGUGGAACUACCAGAAGAUGCAAGGCAAUUCGGCAUUCAGUUCCGGUGGUGGCAACCAUAUCAUUCUUCUCAAGGAGAUGACGUGUGGGCUAUUGAUGAAAUCAUCAUGACUUCUGUACUUUUCAAUAGCAUUAGCCUAGACUUCACUAACCUGGUGGAAGUUACUCAGUCUCUUGGAUUCUACUUGGGAAAUGUUCAACCAUACUGUGACCAUGACUGGACACUCUGUUUCACAGGAGAUUCUAAACUAGCUUCUAGUAUGCGCUAUGUGGAAACACAAUCUAUGCAAAUUGGAGCGUCUUAUAUGAUACAGUUCAACUUGGUGAUGGGCUGUGGGCAGCAGUACACUCCUCACAUGGACAACCAGGUGAAGUUGGAAUACUCCACUAACCAUGGGCUUACUUGGCAUCUGGUUCAAGAGGAAUGUCUUCCAAGUAUGCCUAGCUGUCAAGAGUUUACACCAGCAAGUAUCUACCAUUCCAGUGAAUAUACAAAGUGGAGGAGAAUCACAGUCCUUCUACCUCAGAAAACAUGGUCUAGUGCUACACGUUUCCGUUGGAGUCAGUGCUACUACACCAUACAAGAUGAGUGGGCUUUAGACAACAUCUAUAUUGGGCAACAGUGCCCAAACAUGUGCAGUGGUCAUGGCUGGUGUGACCAUGGUGUUUGCAGAUGUGAUUCGGGAUAUCGAGGCACUGAAUGUCACUCUGAAAAUAAUCUCCCUUCAACGAUAAUGACUGAUUUUGAGAGUCCAAGCAGUUUGGAGACGGAAUGGAAAGAAGUGAUUGGUGGAGAGAUUGUAAAACCAGAGCAAGGCUGUGGGGUCAUCUCAUCUGGAUCCUCUCUCUAUUUCAACAAGGCUGGAAAGAGGCAGUUGGUGAGCUUGGAUUUGGACACCACAUGGGUAGAUUUUGUCCAGUUUUACAUUCAGAUUGGUGGGGAGAGUCCUUCCUGCAACAAGCCAGACAGCAGAGAAGAGGGUGUCCUGUUACAAUACAGCAACAAUGGAGGUAUCAACUGGCAUCUACUGGCAGAAAUGUACUUCUCCGACUUCAGCAAGUCCAGAUUUGUCUAUCUUGAGCUUCCUCCUGCUGCAAAAACUCCCUGCACUAGAUUCCGCUGGUGGCAGCCAGUGUUUUCAGGGGAAGGAUAUGACCAGUGGGCUAUUGAUGAUAUCAUCAUUCUCUCAGAAAAGCUGAAGCAGAUCAUCCCUGUUGUUAACCCCACUUUACCUCAGAACUUUUAUGAGAAACCAGCAUUUGAUUACCCAAUGAACCAGCUCAGUGUAUGGCUGAUGUUAGCUAAUGAAGGGAUGCCCAAAAAUGAAACUUUCUGUUCUGCCACCCCAUCAGCAAUGAUAUUUGGGAAAUCAGAUGGUGAUCGCUUUGCAGUGACACGGGAUUUAACACUGAAACCAGGAUAUGUCCUUCAGUUCAAGCUGAACGUAGGUUGCACGGAUCAGUUCAGUAGUUCUGCUCCCGUGCUGCUUCAGUAUUCUCAUGAUGCCGGCCUCUUUUGGUCAUUAGUGAAGGAGGGCUGUUACCCAGCAUCCCCUGGGGUCAAAGGAUGUGAAGGAAGCGCCCGAGAACUGACUGAGCCAACCAUGUAUUACACAGGAGACUUUGACGAGUGGACAAGAAUUACCAUUGUCAUUCCAAGAUCUCUUGCAGCCAGUAAGACCAGAUUCCGCUGGAUCCAAGAGAGCAGUUCACAGAAGAGUGUGCCCCCUUUUGGCUUAGAUGGGGUGUAUAUCUCAGAGCCAUGUUCCAACUAUUGCAGUGGUCAUGGAGAUUGUAUCUCUGGAGUCUGUUUUUGUGACUUGGGCUAUACCGCCUCACAUGGGACCUGUGUGUCUAAUGUACCUAAUCACAGUGAGAUGUUCGACAGGUUUGAGAGGAAGCUGAGCCCUCUCUGGUACAAGAUAACUGGAGGUCAAGUUGGGAAUGGCUGUGGAAUACUCAGUGAUGGAAAAUCUCUUUACUUCAAUGGACCUGGAAAAAGGGAAGCAAGAACAGUCCCUCUGGAUACCACAACUAUCAGGCUAGUUCAAUUUUAUGUACUAAUUGGAAGCAAAACAAUCGGUACAGGAUGCAACAAACCCAGAGCCCGGAACGAAGGGCUUGUAGUUCAAUAUUCAAAUGACAAUGGAAUAAGUUGGUAUCUGCUGCGCGAAUUGGACUUCAUGUCUUUCUUAGAACCACAGAUUGUAUCCAUAGAGCUGCCUCGUGAGGCCAAAACGCCAGCCACGGCUUUCCGAUGGUGGCAACCUCAACAUGGAAAGCAUUCAGCACAGUGGGCUUUGGAUGAUGUCCUUGUUGGGAUGAAUGACAGCUCUCAGACUGGCUUUCAGGAUAAAUUUGAUGGAUCUGUGGACCUACAAGCUAGUUGGUACAGAAUCCAAGGAGGUCAAGUAGACAUCGAUUGUCUGUCUAUGGAUACAGCUCUCAUAUUCAGUGAAAAUAUAGGAAAGCCUCGUUAUGCUGAGACUUGGGAUUUCCAUGUGUCUGACUCUACCUUCAUGCAGUUUGAGCUGAACAUGGGCUGCAGCAAGCCAUUCAGUGAUUCCCAUGGUAUUCACUUCCAGUAUUCCAUAAACAAUGGGAGAGACUGGCAUUUGGUGACUGAGGAGUGCGUCCCUCCCAGGAUAGGCUGUCAACACUAUACUGAGGGUUCAGUUUACUCUUCAGAAAGGUUCCAGAACUGGAAGCGAAUUACUCUCUACCUUCCACCUGCAACAAUGUCUCCCAGAACACGCUUCCGAUGGAUUCAACAAGACUAUGCUCCUGGUGGGGACGCAUGGGCUAUUGAUAAUGUCAUUCUGGCCACUGGAUGUCCUUGGAUGUGCUCAGGUCAUGGAAUCUGUGAUGCUGGUCGCUGUGUGUGUGACAGAGGUUUUGGAGGCCCUUACUGUGUUCCUGCUGCUCCCCUCCCUUCUGUUCUGAAAGACGACUUCAAUGGUAACCUGCAUCCUGAUCUUUGGCCUGAAGUCUAUGGAGCUGAGAGAGGCAACCUGAAUGGGGACACCAUCAAGUCUGGAACUACCCUCAUCUUUAAAGGGGAGGGGCUGAGAAUGCUUGUCUCAAGAGAUUUAGAUUGUAGCAAUACAAUGUACAUCCAGUUUUCAUUCAAAUUUUUAGCCAAAGGUACCCCAGAGAGGUCUCAUUCUAUCCUGCUACAAUAUUCCAUCAAUGGGGGCAUCACUUGGCACCUGAUAGAUGAGUUUUACUUCACUCAAACAACGGAUGUUCUCUUCAUUAAUAUCCCACUGCCAUACACAGCACGGAGCAACACUACGCGGUUUAGGCUCUGGCAGCCUUAUAACAAUGGCAAGAAAGAAGAAAUUUGGAUUCUAGAUAAUUUCAUUAUCGAUGGAAACAACCUUAAGAAUCCUGUUAUCCUUCUUGAUACCUUUGACUUUGGCCCAAAGGAAGACAACUGGUUUUUUUAUCCUGGUGGAAACAUUGGACUUUAUUGUCCAUAUUCAUCCAAAGGAGCACCGGAGGAAGAUUCUGCUAUGGUAUUUGUUUCAAAUGAAGUUGGGGAACAUUCAAUUACGACAAGGGAUUUGAAUGUGAAUGAGAACACCAUAAUCCAAUUUGAGAUUAAUAUUGGAUGCACCACUGAUAGUUCAUCUGCUGACCCAGUGAAACUUGAAUUCUCACGUGAUUUGGGGGCAACCUGGCACCUGCUUCUUCCUUUAUGUUAUAGUAGCAGUAGCUACCUCAGUUCUCUAUGCUCUACUGAGCAUCAUCCAAGCAGCACGUACUAUGCUGGAACAACCCAGGGCUGGAGAAGAGAGGUCAUCCACUUUGGAAAGCUACACCUCUGCGGGUUAGUGAGAUUCAGAUGGUACCAGGGAUUUUAUCCUGCUGGGUCUCAACCUGUGACCUGGGCCAUUGACAAUGUAUAUAUUGGGCCACAGUGUGAGGAGAUGUGUAAUGGUCAUGGUAGCUGUGUCAACGGAACAAAAUGCAUCUGUGAUCCUGGCUAUUCUGGGCCAACCUGCAGAAUAAGCACCAAGAAUCCUGAUUUUCUCAAGGAUGAUUUUGAAGGUCAACUAGAAUCUGAUAGAUUUUUGCUAGUGAGUGGUGGAAAGCCAUCCAGGAAAUGUGGGAUCUUGUCUGGAGGAAAUAAUCUCUUUUUUAAUGAAGAAGGUUUACGCAUGUUGAUGACGCGAGACCUGGAUUUGUCCCAAGCCAGGUUUGUGCAGUUCUUCAUGAGACUAGGAUGUGGUAAAGCAGUUCCAGAUCCCAGAAGCCAACCUGUACUGCUACAGUAUUCUCUUAAUGGGGGCCUCACAUGGAAUAUUCUUCAGGAAUUUCUCUUCAGUAAUUCAAGCAACAUAGGACGGUACAUUGCCCUAGAAAUCCCCCUAAAAGCACGUUCUCCCUCUACUCGACUGCGUUGGUGGCAGCCAUCUGAGAAUGGGCAUUUUUAUAGCCCAUGGGUAAUUGAUCAGAUCCUUAUUGGUGGAAAUAUCUCUGGCAACACAAUCCUGGAAGAUGAUUUCAGUACGCUGGAUAGCAAGAAAUGGCUUCUCCAUCCUGGAGGAACAAAAAUGCCUGUUUGUGGCUCUACUGGGGAUGCGCUGGUCUUUAUUGAGAAAGCAAGCACUCGCUAUGUUGUAACCACCGAUAUUGCUGUCAAUGAGGAUUCUUUCCUUCAAUUAGAUUUUGCUGCUUCUUGCUCUGUCACUGACUCUUGCUAUGCUAUUGAACUAGAGUAUUCAGUUGAUCUUGGUCUCACAUGGCACUCAAUAAUGAGAGACUGCCUCCCUACUAAUGUAGAAUGCAGCAAAUAUCACCUCCAGAGGAUUCUGGUAUCAGAUACGUUCAACAAAUGGACAAGAAUUGUUUUGCCACUUCCUCCUUAUACUAGGUCCCAGGCAACACGUUUCCGCUGGCACCAACCAGCUCCAUUUGAUAAGCAGCAAACAUGGGCCAUAGACAAUGUCUACAUAGGUGAUGGCUGUAUAGAUAUGUGCAGUGGCCAUGGGAAGUGUACUCAGGGGAAUUGCAUGUGUGAUGAAAACUGGGGUGGACUGUACUGUGAUGAGCCAGAGAUUCCUCUUCCCAUCCAACUUAAAGACAACUUCAAUCGUGCACCUUCCAAUCAGAACUGGCUAACAGUAAAUGGUGGGAAACUGAGCACCGUCUGUGGAGCUGUGGCUUCUGGAAUGGCUCUUCAUUUUAGUGGGGGUUGCAGUCGUUUGCUGGUGACAGUGGAUCUAAACCUAACUAAUGCAGAAUUCAUCCAGUUCUAUUUCAUGUAUGGAUGUCUGAUAACUCCCAAUAAUCGUAACCAAGGAGUUCUCCUGGAGUACUCUGUGAAUGGUGGGAUUACCUGGACCCUCUUAAUGGAAAUAUUUUAUGACCAGUUCAGCAAACCUGGCUUUGUGAACAUUCUCCUUCCUCCCGAUGCCAAAGAAGUGGGAACCCGUUUCCGCUGGUGGCAGCCCAAGCAUGAUGGCCUGGAUCAGAGUGACUGGGCUAUUGACAAUGUGCUGAUAUCGGGAUCAGCAGAUCAGAGGACAGUGAUGUUGGAUACUUUUAGCAGUGCGCCUCUGCCACAGCAUGAACGCACUCCCGCAGACGCAGGACCCACAGGGAGGAUUGCUUUUGAUAUGUUCAUGGAAGACAGGACAACAGUGAAUGAGCAUUGGCUGUUCCACGAUGACUGUUCAAUUGAAAGAUUCUGUGACUCUCCUGAUGGUGUCAUGAUGUGUGGAAGCCACGAUGGCAGGGAGGUUUAUGCUGUCACUCAUGAUCUAACUCCUACAGAGAACUGGAUUAUGCAGUUCAAGAUUUCCAUUGGAUGUAAAACCUCAGAGAAAAUUGCCCAGAACCAAGUCCAUGUGCAGUAUUCUACUGACUUUGGAGUGAGUUGGAGCUACCUAAUACCUCAGUGCUUACCUGCUGGCCCAAAAUGUUCUGGGGGUGUUUCACAACCAUCUGUCUUCUUUCCAACAAAAGGAUGGAAAAGGAUAACUUACCCUCUACCUGAAAGCCUAGUAGGAAACCCAGUACGGUUUAGGUUCUAUCAGAAGUACUCUGAUAUGCAAUGGGCCAUUGACAACUUCUAUCUUGGACCUGGUUGUGUAGACAAUUGUAAAGGCCACGGAGACUGUCUGAAAGAACAGUGCAUCUGUGAUCCGGGUUUCUCUGGUCCAAACUGCUACUUGACUCAGACUUUAAAGACUUUCCUGAAGGAGCGCUUUGACAAUGAAGAAAUUAGACCGGAUUUAUGGAUGUCUCUGGAAGGAGGCACAGCCUGCAUGGAAUGUGGGAUUCUAGCAGAAGACACUGCUCUGUAUUUUGGAGGUGCUACUGUGAGACAGGCUGUCACUCAAGACUUGGAUUUGCGAGGUGCAAAAUUUUUACAAUAUUGGGGAAGGAUUGGGAGUGAAAAUAACAUGACAACAUGUCACAGACCAACAUGUCGGAAGGAAGGUGUUCUACUAGAUUACUCAACAGAUGGAGGAAUAUCUUGGACGUUGCUACAUGAGAUGGAUUAUCAGAAAUACAUCUCAAUCAGACAUGAUUACAUACUGCUCCCAGAAGAUGCUCUGACCAAUACAACCCGCCUGCGAUGGUGGCAGCCAUAUGUGAUUAACAAUGGAAUUGUGGUUUCGGGCUGAUCGUGCUCAGUGGGCAUUGGAUAAUGUACUGAUUGGUGGAGCAGAAAUAAUCCAAGUCAACUGGUAGAUACAUUUGAUGAUGAAGGCAUCUCCCAUGAAGAAAACUGGAGUUUCUAUCCAAAUGCAGUCAGAACUGCAGGAUUCUGUGGCAACCCAUCAUUUCAUCUCUACUGGCCAAAUAAGAAAAAGGAUCAGACACACAAUAUCCUGUCCUCUCGGGAACUCAUUAUACAGCCAGGAUAUAUGAUACAGUUUAAAAUUGUGGUUGGCUGUGAAGCAACGUCUUGUGGAGAUAUGCAUUCCGUAAUGCUAGAAUACACCAAGGAUGCUAGGUCAGAUUCAUGGCAGCUCGUCCAGACACAAUGUCUCCCUUCCUCUUCUAAUAGUGUUGGCUGCUCCCCAUUUCAAUUCCAUGAAGCUACUAUCUAUAACUCUGUCAAUAGCUCCACUUGGAAGAGAAUAACCAUCCAGCUGCCUGAUCAUGUCUCAUCCAGUGCAACUCAGUUCCGGUGGAUUCAGAAAGGAGAAGAACCAGAAAAACAAAGUUGGGCUAUAGAUCACGUUUACAUCGGAGAAGCCUGCCCAAAACUCUGCAGCGGCCAUGGUUACUGCACUACUGGAGCCAUCUGCAUUUGCGAUGAAGGAUACCAAGGUGAUGACUGUUCUGUUUUCAGCCAUGACCUUCCCAGUUAUAUUAAAGAUAAUUUUGAAUCAGCAAGAGUGACUGAAAUAAACUGGGAAACCAUUCAGGGUGGAGUUAUAGGGAAUGGGUGUGGACAACUAGCACCAUAUGCACAUGGAGAUUCUCUGUAUUUCAAUGGAUGUCAGAUAAGGCAAUCUAUAACCAAGCCCCUGGAUUUGACCCGAGCAAGCAAAAUAAUGUUUGUUUUGCAAAUUGGAAGCCUUUCACAAACUGACAGUUGCAACACCAAUUUGAGUGAUCCAAACACUGUGGACAAAGCAGUGUUGCUCCAGUACAGUGUAAAUAAUGGAAUCACAUGGCAAGUCAUUGCACAGCAUCAACCAAAGGACUUUAUACAAGCCCAAAGAGUGUCUUACAAUGUACCACUGGAGGCACGAGUGAAGGGAGUGCUACUUCGCUGGUGGCAGCCCCGCCACAAUGGCACAGGCCAUGAUCAGUGGGCUCUGGACCAUGUAGAAGUCGUUCACACUCGCAAACAAAAUUACAUGAUGAAUUUUUCACGACAACAUGGGCUCAGGCAUUUCUACAACAGAAGACGAAGGUCACUUAGGCGAUACCCAUGAAGAACAAGACAUUUCUUUUCUUUCUCUUCCCAAUCUGUGAUGUGUCGCUUUCCAUUCUUUUCAAUCUAGCACUGCAGUCUGGCUUAUCAGGACUUUUUCUUGAUGAAUAUUUUGAAAGCCUCCAUCAAGACAGAGCGUUACACCACUUUUUUCGCACUGUGAUCUAAUGAGAAGUGACUUAUUUUCUCAUAAGUAAAUGUUUUUAAUGUUGAUGUGUCUGUGAAAAAUUGUGAUCUGUUGUAAUACCAGUUACAGUGGCAGUAUUGGAAGUAAGCAACUGGCUCUGUUAUUAACAGGAAAAACAAGCAUAUAUUACAUUUAAGCACAAAAGACUUUUCAUAUUUUUGGUCAGAAAUGACAAUGUUAAGUACAAUAUUUAACAUUUUUUGUCACAUAGGUAUUUAAAUGCACUGUAUUUCUGCUCUGUAUCAUAUUUUAUAUGAUUAAGUUAUCAUUGUUUGUUCUCUUUUUAUUCUCUUCUACAACUGGACAUGUCGGCACUGUAUUGACUUGUUAUAACAAUUUCCUGCUGAUUUGGGGCUUACAGUCUGAUACUAUGCGUAAAGCAAACAAAUGCCUAAUCAAAAAGGAAACUGCAGAAGUUGUUGAACAAGACAUUAAUAUCCCUCAUUCUUACUCUUUGAUAUGCCUGUUGAUUAUUGUUGUUUUGUGAGCAAGAAAAAUGCUUGACAUUUAAACCUUUUCUACUAAGCAGCUGUGGAUAAACCUUCUCCCCUUCCAAAGAGAAGCUCUCCUGUUUCCUUGUCCAAAAGUAAAACAAUUCUCUGUGGAUUAUUUACUCACAGUAACUGCCAUUUGGUCUCUGUAGUAAUGGAGUGAUUUGUAAAACAGUGAACGUUUCUUCGUGUUUAUUUGUGAUUUGUUUCUAUUGAGGGUCAUGUUUGUAUCUUCUGAUAAUGUUGUACCUACACCAGCAACAUAAUGACCCUACAGCCCUAAACUGUCUAUUAUCAUGAAUUUUAAAAAAUGUUUCACUCUUCAGUGAACUAAGCUAAAAUUCCAUGCUUCAAUAAAGUUAAUGUCAAUGAA